UAAUGUUUUCAAGAAAUCGUUAAAAACUGAAUCGAUUUCUGCUAAACGCAGCAUGCCGCCUGUAGGGAAAUGCUAUUGCUUGAAACCAAACGGAAAUGGUAGAGACAGCCCACUGGACGGAGUUAUUUGCUGAACGUGUCCGCUUCGCUCAUUGAAAAACCAGCGCAGCUGACGCGCAGCGCAGAGAGCGGAGAGCGACGAGACAAAGGUCCGCUCUGACUAUCGCUCCAGUUCUCAGGAGCGCUCAGAAACCCUUCAGCUCAGCCAAGGGAUACCUAUUCCGAUCGCACGAACGACUAGGAUUCUUACUGCACGCCAAAGAUCUAUCAAAUCUGUGCGCAUUUCAUGACGAAAUAGCCAUAUUCGCCCAACUCUUGUAUCUCAGUAGACAAGACAAGAGAGAGUUGUAUUAUUAUUUAGUGUAGACAGUUUGAAGAAAUCUGUUGAUGUUGCAGCUGUUGGGGAACCAAGGCAUGGAAAAGUAAUCACGACCCUGGCCGGUUUGAAGCAUCUUUUUUUAAGGAAAUGGAUCGACAUCUAUCCAAAAAUGAGCGCAAAAAUAUGGAUGCUUGCUUGAGGCGACUGAAACAAGAACUGUUGUCCAUGCGAGAGGCUGGAGAUGGCCUCCAUGCUCAGAUGAACUCUAUGAUGGGGGCGUUACAGGAGCUCAAACUUCUUCAGGUGCAGACCGCCCUCGAGCGCCUGGAGAUCUCCGCCGCCAGACCCCCUAUCAGACCGACGGCCGCCACUGAGAAGUGUGACCCCCCACCCCACACUCAGCCUCAGCCUCGGCUGCACCCCGACCCCCCCCACGACCCAGAGCCCCAGGAGGACCUCAGCCCCCUCAGCCCCGUCCUUCUCCGCCCCCCUACACAGGACCACCAGCGGAGGGCUCAGCACCGCAGCAGCCUGGGCACAUCCCCAUCCUCAUCCAGCCUAGAGAGUGAGGGGCUCCCCCCAGCGAGACGGGUGUCUGGCUAUACAGCCCCCCAGGUGGACUACUGUGGGCCGCGCCUGAGCUACCUGCCCUCUGAGUGCCCUCAGCAGCAUCGCCAGGUGCCCGUCAAACGCCCACAGCCCCCCCUGGACCUGCCGGGCAUCCUGUACAGCCUGUCUCGCGAGGGCCCGUCUCUGGACAGCGAGUACUCGCAGGACAGCAUGGACGAGUCCAGCGACUGGACCUCGUCCCUCAUGAGCCGCUCACGCAACCGGCAGCCACUGGUGCUGGGGGACAACGUCUUCGCCGACCUGGUGGGGAACUGGCUGGACCUGCCCGAGCUGGACAAAGCGGGCAAGGAGGAGGAGGAGGAGGAUGAGGAAGAGAGGAGAGGAGGAGGAGGAGGAGGAGGAAGAGGAUGGGAGAGGCCAGACUCUCCGGCCCACCCGCUGCGUCUGAGCCGCUCGCAGGAGAUCUGCCGCCGCUUCUCGCUCACCACCAACAUCUUCAAGAAGUUCCUGCGCGGCGUCCGGCCCGACUGCGACAAGCUGCUCAAGGAGAAGCCCGGCUGGAUGCCCCCUGCCGACCUGCCCGAGGCGGAGCUCCUGAAGCGGCCCAGGAAGACGGCCAAGCCCAAGUCCAGCUUCUACCUGCCCUUCUGGGCCUCUGCGCCACAGGGCAAGGGCCGCCCGGCCUGCCCGACCACAGAGGAGCGGGGCCUCAGGGAGCCUCCGUACUCAGGGAUCUUCAUAGACAGGAGACAGACAGACUGCCCGGAGAAGCCCCACCAGGCUCAGACCCACUGCCCCAGACUCUUCCUGGACCACGGGCAGCCGGAGGAGGGGGAGAGGCUCCGGCCUCUGUUCGAUCACAACACUGCGGUCUGGGUGUAGCGUAGCCGUUCAGACUGUUGGACCUUUCCAAAUGGACAAGAGCAAAGGUUUUUUUUAAACCCUGGACUCCUGUAGGGAUUAAUGGACCUGACUCAGAGGCACUGUAAGCGAUGAUCGUUCGGAAAACACGUAAAUGAAACUGUCUUGCAAUCGGACAGCGAUCAUGAAACAGAUGUUUCCCGAAGCCCUGUAAUCUGAGACUAACAAGUCACAUGGUGAAUUGACCAAUCAGCGAACUUCCAAAGAGACAGGCAUCCCUGUUGGCCAAUAAGUUUGUGUGUGCACAGCACACUGGCAUCACGAGGCAAAGUCUUCCUUUCAAAAGUUAGUUGGGAAGUCAUCGCUUACAGCAUCUUUAUUAACUGCAUUGCCGACAAUCUGCCACCAGUAGGUGUUCAUAUAGAUGGAUCCAGUGGUUAUACUCAGUGUACUCUCAGUGAAAGUGUCAAUGCUCCUUUUGUUAUGUCAAUGGUGCUCUAAGUACAGUAUCCUUGUCGUCCACAUUUUGAACUUCCAGACCGUCAAACACCAAUGCCAAGUUUGCUUUUGCAUUUCAUGGAAACACAUGUAUUUAUUUCUGGUCUUACAUAAUGCAGCUCUUUUAGAUUUUCAAAUGAUUCCUGUGUUAGUCUCACCACCUGAUCACCAAAAGGGACAGUUACAGUAUUCAGAAAAAGACAGAGUCCAUGUGUGUGUGUGUGUGUGACUGUGUGAGAGAGAGAGCUCUGUUUGUGCCCACAUGCUUAGUGUGUGU